AUGGGCGGGGGGAGGAAAUCAAAGUCCGGAACGGCCGUGGCUCCCAUCUUCAAACCCAGGCCGGACAAAGAGGCGCCAGGCAUGCUUAGCCAGCAGGCCUCAGACUCCGACUCUGAGACCAGCACAACCAGCCACAAAGUGGAUGCACCAUCAGCACCCCUCACUAAAAGAGACCUGAAGGACAUGCUGACAGAGAUGAAAUCACUGGUGGCAGAGGAGCUGACAAAACACCUGGCCCCACUCAAGGAAGGACUCACAGACCUCACCAAGCGGACGCAAGCGCUAGAAAACAAAAUGGAGGAGGUAACAGCCACCACCUCCACCCACGAAGCCUCCAUAAAAGAGCUACAGGAGCAAUUCACAUACCUAGAAGACAUGCAAGAAGAUCUCAAUAACAGGUCCAGGCGUAAUAAUAUCCGCAUCAGGGGGUUACCAGAACCCUCAACGCCCGAAGCACUCACUGCCAUACUCCAUGAAGCCUUCAGCAGCCUGCUUCCUGACGCCCUACCAUCAGACCUCCUCCUAGACAGAGCCCAUAGGGCCCUCCGACCGCCCUCCUCGAGCCCCACACAGCCUCGAGACAUCAUCAUCCGCUGUCAUUACUUCCACAUAAAGGAAGCGAUAAUGCGGGCGACAAGGGAGACCCCACUACAAAUAGAAGGUCAUACAGUACAACUCUAUCAUGACCUAGCACCCACCACCCUACGAAAACGGAGGGAGCUGAAACCCUUGACCCAAGCCUUACAAGCACUGGGGAUACGCUACUCCUGGGGUCAUCCCUUUAAGCUAAUGGUGCGACACAACAACCGCACUUUCACGCUAACUAAACCGUCGGAGGCCCGAGACUUUGCUGCACAACUAGGCAUCAGCGACCUCAACGGAGCACUGCACACAGCAUCACAACAGCCUAUGCCACAACGCCGACCGUGGGACCCGCAGCCUCAAAGAGACCGCACCAGAGGACAACGCUCUUCACAGACCUACGCCUAAACCCAACGACUGGAGCCGUGACCGCACCCCUACUUCAUCCACGACCCACAAGAUCUACACCACAGCAUAUUCCGGCACCCCGGCACCAGAUGACAACCGAAUCAACACACCAGCAGUGCAUGGACUGCCUCUAAGGGGCCGGGGUGAUACCGGAGAUCUGCAGACCUCAAUGAUCGCGCCCACCGCUGGCACAGUUCACCACCGGGCUCCCCUCCGCCUGACCCUGGACCUGUUGCCCUCCGGCAAGACCACGUGGCAAGCCGGAAUGCUGCACCGCUCCCCUCGGCAGCACCGGGAGAGGACUCCCCCCGAGGGUUGUUCACUCCCCAGCUCACAAGAUGAAGUGCCACAUGAACUCAACUGA